AUGGAUACUUUCAUGGCCAAUCUGUCCUCUGAGGUAGGAGUCGUCCUCAAAGAAAACAUCUCAAUCAUCAUGAUCAUAUCUAUGCUCUCAACCGCCGCAUACAAUGCCUUGGAAACGGUGUUUAUCACGUUCGACAUUGUCAAAAACCAUCGCGCUCUAUACUUCUGGAGCAUGCAGGUCGCGUCGUGGGGCAUCCUUGUGCAUGCUCUUCCUGCUAUCGUUUGCUCCGUAUCUCAAGCGCCCACACUGCCAAUGUCAAUUCCUUUCAUGAUUGGAUGGUACGCUAUGGUGACUGGUCAGGCUGUUGUACUCUACUCGCGCUUGCGCCUUGUUGUGUUCGAUACCAGUAAGGUGCGAUGGGUGCUGUGGAUGAUCAUCGCAAAUGGUUGUAUUCUGCAUGUCCCAAAGACUGUCCUCUUCUUCGUCCGGAUUAGCGGUGACGCACGCUUUGCUCGACCUGCUGCAAUCUACAAUCGAAUCCAAUUGGUCAGCUUUUGUGUACAAUAA